GUGGGGACAAAAAUGAGGAGGAAAACUUCAUCUCUAUGACCCACGGACCAGAGAACCAGAGAAAAGGACGCGGAGGAAACUUCCUGCGCCGAGGCCGACGUCUCGACCACGAUCCGACUCACGGGAAGAAGCUCCAACCAGCGGAGACGCCAUGUCCUCGCCCCCCCUCCCCAUGCCCUCCCUGCCCCCCAGCCCGCUCGCCAUGGAGUACCUCAACGACUUUGACCUCCUGAAGUUCGAGGUGAAACCGGACACUCCGCCGUGCGUCUACCCCAAGUCCGACCUCGCCCGCGACCCCUCCAGCUCGCCGUACACCGGCCGCCCCCCGCCAGACUCCAGCCUGAACUCCAGCCCCUACGACUCGCUGCCGCCCUCGCCCACCCUCAGCGACGCCCACCCGCCGCCCUCGAGCUCCUCCUCGUCCUCCUCCGUCUCCUUCCCGCUCUCCAUCUCCAACAGCUUCACCUCGGGCAUCAGCUCCGGCUCCCAGGGCCACGCGGAGGGCAGCCCGGCCCACGCCGGGCCCCCGGGCGCCGGCCCGCCCUCGCUGGAGGACCUCAUCUGGCUGGCGGCGCUGCAGCAGCAGUUUGGUGGCGAGGUGGCGGGGCCCGCUAACUUGCUGGGGGCCCUGGGGGGAGGGCCGGAGCGGGGGGGGGACAGGGAGAGGGGGCCGGUCAACGGAUUCAUGGGCUGCGAGGACGCCGUGGAGGCGCUGCUCAACUCGGCCGCGGCAGCCGUCAGCUCGCAGUUCCCAGGUCUUUCCCAGAGUUCGAGCAGCAACCUGGGAGACUCCAGCAGCGACAGCGGCGCCGACAUCUCCUGCCCCAAAGGGACGGACAUGUGCCACCGCCCGCUUGUCUUCCUCCCGUCCGGCGCUCCGAACGCCGGCGCCUCCGCCGGUUACCCACAAUCCCUCAGCCCCCAGGGACGCCUUCAUCACCACCAGCAUCACCAUCACCAUCCGCACCAUCCCAUGCAUGGCAGCCAUCACCACCACCACCACCCACAAAUCAAUCAGUGCGGGGGGAACGACCGCUUCUCCGACGAGCAGCUGGUGAGCCUGUCGGUCCGGGAGCUCAACCGACACCUGCGCGGCGUCAGCAAGGACGAGGUCGUGCGCCUGAAGCAGAAGCGCCGCACGCUGAAGAACCGCGGCUACGCGCAGUCCUGCCGCUACAAGCGCCUGCAGCACCGCCACGCUCUGGAGUCGGAGAAACACGUGCUCACGCAACAGCUGGAUCAGCUGCAGUGUGAGCUGACUCGAGUGCUGAGGGAGAGGGACGCCUACAAGGCGCGCUACGAGAAGCUCCUCGCCACCAACCACGGAGACGCCCCGCCGCCGCCGCCGCCCCCCCGCUCCGGCAACCCACCUUCCCCGCCCCCCGACUACUUCCUCUGAGCUCAACCCACGGAGGGGUGGGGGGGGUGCCGGGGGUGCCGGGGGGAUGAGUAAUCGGACCUGGGGAGGACAAACAGGGACGGGUGUAUGAGAGAGACACAUAGCGAGAGACAGAGAGGGACACAACUGUGGAAUCCGCUCCUGAGUGAUGGAGGGGGGACGCGACUGGGGGCUUUUUGCUUCCCUGUGACGGACACUCGCAGAGACAAGAGGAAGCUUUAUCUUUAAACUGGGCCGCUGGUCCCUGAGUAGUUGUAGGAGCGCGGCCCUGCUGCCGUUUGGGUUCGAUUCCCACAGAGAGCUGAAGCUGCCGUUUGGGUUCGAUUCCCACAGAGAGCUGAAGCUGCCGUUUGGGUUCGAUUCCCACAGAGAGCUGAAGCUGCCGUUUGGGUUCGUUUCCCACAGAGAGCUGAAGCUGCCGUUUGGGUUCGUUUCCCACAGAGAGCUGAAGCUGCCGUUUGGGUUCGAUUCCCACGGAGAGCUGAAGCUGCCGUUUGGGUUCGAUUCCCACAGAGAGCUGAAGCUGCCGUUUGGGUUCGAUUCCCACAGAGAGCUGAAGCUGCCGUUUGGGUUCGUUUCCCACAGAGAGCUGAAGCUGCCGUUUGGGUUCGAUUCCCACGGAGAGCUGAAGCUGCCGUUUGGGUUCGAUUCCCACGGAGAGCUGAAGCUGCCGUUUGGGUUCGAUUCCCACAGAGAGCUGAAGCUGCCGUUUGGGUUCGAUUCCCACAGAGAGCUGAAGCUGCCGUUUGGGUUCGAUUCCCACAGAGAGCUGAAGCUGCCGUUUGGGUUUGAUUCCCACAGACAGCUGAAGCUGCCGUGACGGAUCCACGCCAUGCGCUUGGUUUGCCGGCUAAUGUUUCACAGUUGCCUACUAAAGUGUUUGAAGCUCACCGAGACCAAAAAGUGAUUCUUUGUAAAUUGAAUGAUUCUGGAUUGAAGAAUGUACGGGGGGGGUGUUGGGGGGGAGGCUCAUUGGAGACGUUUCUAAGCUUCCGUUUGCUCUUCUUUGGCUGCUCACGCUGGAGUGGAGGAGAGGGAAGGAGCGUGGAUUCGCGUGCUUGUGUCUGCUUCUCCGGAAGCAGUUUUUUGGGGGGAACACCUCCAUAACUCAGACGACCACCGUGCUGAUGAAACAUUGGCGGCACCACAGAGCUGGUCACCGUGGACUCUGGGAACGCAACAGACGAUUUAACGGUGCAGGGAUUUAAAAAAGAUAAAUGACAUAAAUCUCCUUCUUAACUGUCCCAUAAAAUCAAAUCAAAUGCAUUAGAGCUAUUUAUUUUGUUUGGGUGUAGGUUAAAAACAUUGUUCUUUUAUUUAUUCACUUAUUUAUUCAGUAUUUAUUGUUUAUUUAUGUACUGAUUGUGAUUAUUUUUCCAGUUACUGGUUUUAUUUUAGCGUGUAUUUUUUAACUUUUCCUACAGUUCAUUGCUUUAUUCCACCUGUGGUUAGAAUGAACAUAAUUGCGGACGCCAGGUGGGCGUUGCCACAGCUUUCCUGUUGUAGUGCGGUUCCACAUGCAGAUGAAAUAAAACAAGUACUCCUCCA